CCUUUCGGAGUCUGGCAGCUGAAGCUUCCUCCGGUCCAUUUCUUUUUGAUGUUACAGUCUGUCAUUCCCCAGCAAUAACUGCUGAAACUGAGCCAUGCCUCGUACACCACACAGGAAAUCCAAAACACUUUUACCACUGGGAAAGGAGAGCAUCCGUCCCUUUCUAAAGGGGAAUGAUGAAAAUCCACCAACCACUGCAGUUUUGGACAAAAGGCCUCACCCUGAGAGAAGGAGACCUCUCACUGAAUGGAAUCGCUCAACCAGCACAGGUAAAGUGCCAGCAGUAGCCCCGGGCAAGGUUACAGUGAACAGUGACGAAGACAGAGUCAAAGAAUUCACAUUCAACUUACAGAGUAAUGGCAUCGAGCAUGUGGCAAAAGGGAAACCCAAUGAAAGUGUUUAUUCCGUUCUCAUGUCUUCUGUGGUUUUCAAGAAAGAACAAGAGAAAAGUGAGGGCAAGACAUUCCAUUUAAUCGGGAAAAGGGGAUUAAUGGGUGCCAUCAAUCUAGGAAUGCCGUGUAAAUGUCUGCCAGAGAAGACCCAUUUCGAAGUGAUAUUUUACCGGGUUAAAGGUGAGGUGUGCUAUCGGGAUGAGGACUCUUCAGGCAAGCAGUGUGUUGUAUUCCAUGUCAAGAGCACUGGAAAGACAGGAGGCGAUCUUCAUACAGGUUCAAAACUUAUCACCAACUGUGGGUCCCUGCGAAAAGACGGACAUGACAUGUGCGUUUAUGCUUUUGAAGGUGAGACCAUUCGAGAGGCUCUGUGCAAGGACGGGAGGUUCUUGCCCAUCAUUAAGCAGAAUGUAUGGAGCCUGGUCGAAGGGCACAGAUGUCUGCAGUUCACCCUCACUGUCAAUGACCUCCGUGAUAAAUGUUUUGAAGUUCAAGUGAGCAAUGAAAAGUAUAAGGCAGGAAACAAGAAUGAUGAUAAUAAUGACAAUGCUAGCCCCAGGGAGAGACAGGAGCAGGACAGUGUGCCAGGAGAAAGGAAUAUGCUGCAUUGUGAGCUGAGAAAGCAGGUUGAUGAACGUUUGGGAAAGAAAAAAGGCAAGAAGCAUUUCUGUAAAGAAUGGAAUCUGCUCAAGAAAGAAUUUGGGAAGAUCGCAGCUGAUGGAGUUCCCAUUACAGUCCAUGAAAUGCUAGUGCGAUUGAGUGAGUCUGUUGGAUUUGUCCAAUGGGAUAACAAUGGGAAUCAAGGGACUGCCUCUUGCUUCUACCUUGGUAAUAGUUACAUUCUGACAUGUUUCCACGUGGUGAAGAUGAUGGUAGGAGAUGGUGUGCCUGACAAUGAGUGGAAGACCAUUAUAGAGAAGGCCAUGACAAUAAACUUUAGCUACAAAGAGAAGCAGCAGCCUGUCAAUGGCUGGUAUAACAUUGAACCGUGGUUUGAAGUGUCUAACUCAGAACUUGACUACGCAGUGCUGAGAUUGAAGAUCCCCAACGGUCAGCCAUCUGUUCUACCUUCAGGUUUGUGGCAAACUAAAAACUGCCCUCCUUGGAAUGGAAUGGUCUACAUUAUAGGUCAUCCUGAUGGUGUUUGCAAAUCCUCUGACACUUGUUUCGUUAUCCCUAUUCAACAGCGAAAUAUUCAAUACUACAUGCAGGUUUUCAGGAGAUACACUUUCACAGAAAUCCAAAGUUCAGACAGGAUCACCUACAACAGCUGCUUUUUUAAUGGUGCCUCCGGAUCCCCUGUGUUCAAUUCCUCUGGUGAGCUGGUGGGAAUGCAUGCUGCAGGAUAUGAAUAUAAAACUGGCAAUCAGAGAAACAGCGUGAUCGAAUAUGGUCCAACCAUUAAAGCCAUCACAGAUCACAUGAAGAUUCAUCAUCCAGGAUUCGAUUUCACUGGUCAAGUUCACACCCAGGAUGACCAGAACAUCCUGUUCGAUGACCAAGGAGAGGUUCCAAUGGAUAUCGAGUAAAAGAAUGCAGAAAAUGAGUUUAAAAAGCAGUUAUUGUCAUAUUCUCAUUCUUGUUGCAUCUGUUCCUCUCUUGCGUCAAAUUCAACGUUGUUCUAAAAAUUCAGCCAGUAACUCUCCACCACAUUGCACCCCUUCGUAAACUUGUUAUUAUUCCAACAUGUAGCCAUUUCCCUGUACUCAUAACCAAUACUUACGUCUGAUCUUCUAAAAUCUUAAUUUUAAAUUCAUCAACUGCACUUUUAAAUUCCUCUGUGAGCUGAGAAAGCAGGUUGAUGGCCUCUUCUCUCCCAUUUCCAGACACACAUCCAGCCCUAUAACCUUUUGGGAAUUUACAUUCCUCAAAUUCCAGCAAUUGCACAGCUGCCACUGCUGUUCAUUGCUCUGCAAUUCCGUGACAUGCCUCAAGUUCUCGAACCUCUCUAUUCUUUUCUGUCUUUCCACAUAUCCGCAUGGAAAAUAGGAACAGCAGUAGGCCAUUCAGCCCUUCAAGCCUGCUCUGUCAUUCACUGUAACCACGGUUGAUUAUGCAACUCAGUAUCCUGUUCCCUGCAUUGUCCCCAUACUCUUGAUCCCUUAGGCCCCAAAAAGUAUAUCUAACUCCUUCUUGAACAGAGUCAGUGUUUUAGCCUCAACCACGUUCUGUGCAGAGAAUUCCAGAAGCUCACCAUUCUCUGGAUGAACAAAUUUCUCCUCAUGUCAGUCCUGAAUGGCCUACACUGUAUCCUUAACUGUGACCCCUGGUUCUGCGCUUCCUUGUUGCCAGGAACAUCCUUCUGGAGUUAAUCCUGUUAGUGUUUUAUAGGUUUCUGUGAGAUCUCCCCUCAUUGUUCUAAACUACAGUGAAUAUAGUCUUAACCAAACCAGUCUCCCUUCAUUUGUAUGUCCUGUCAUCCAGGAAUAAGUCUGAUAAACAUUCUCUAUUUUCCAAACAAUGCCCCUCUUUGUUUCCUAUUUUAAAUCUGCCCUUCCAAACUUUAAUGUGCUGCUUCAUCCAUAGUUCUCUGACCAGGCUUUUGGUCAUCCACAGUUAAAACAUGAAGCUAUUUAGCCCAUCAAGACUGUGCCAGCUCUCUGCGGAGUGAUCCAGACGUCCUAUUCCCCUUCUUCCAUCCACGUAGAUCUGGAAGUUUAUUUUCCUCAAGUGCCUUUCCAACAUCUCUUUUAAAAAUCACUGAUCACUUCCACUCCACUGUCCUCACAAACUGCAGAUACCAGGUCAGUAAAAAAGUAAAGUCAAAGUUACCACAGUCCCAAAGGACCAUAGGGCUACUCUCUCAAUCAGAGAGAGAGAUGAUUGGUGGUGGUUUAACUCGGUCAGUACUACUCACAUGUUCGCCACUCGUUUUAAAAAAAAUGGUUUCUUCACCUACUUCAGACAUCUCGAUCCAAUAAACUUAUUGUGUCCCCUAAUGAACAGCUUUUCUUCGUCAAUCUUAUCCAAACCUGUCAGAAUCUUUAUACCUCUAUCAUAUAACCCCUCAAGUUGACUUUAGUGACUAGGAAUACUGAAGCGAGUUACUUACUGCCUGACUCCCCAGUGCCUGCCCACUACCACAAAGCACAACUCAGGUGUGUUUCUUUAUUCUUUAUUCAUUCAUGGGAUGAGGACGUU